AUUCUUUGAACCCCAAUUUUCGUUACACGGCCUCAUAGCUUCACUCAGAACGAAGAAAUCUCCAAUGGCGUCCUUAAAAGCAGUCUCUCGGUUAUCAUCCCGCUUGCAAUCCCUCUCUCCAAAGUUCAACAAAAGGUCUUCAUCUUCUGAGCUAUUUUCAUCCAAAUCUACUUGUCAAUCUCAGCCUUCCGCAGCUUCUACAUCGCGUCUUCAUUGUACUUCGCGGUUACCAGUGGAGUUGAGUAGUCAGGGGUCAUUGAUGCCAUUGCACAGCGCUAUAGCUGCAGCUAGAUUAAUUUCAAGUCUGACCAUUGAAUCCCAAGGAUGGGGUUUGGUUCCUCAGGUUAUGCAUGCAAUUCUGUAGUUCAUCAUUUCAAGUAGCUUCAUGCAAGACAAAAGCCCUCUUUGAUGCUGUUUUAUCUUUCCUGCAGGUAUUUCAAUGCCUUUAUGACAGGCUUUGCUAUGCAGGAACUUGUUCUUUGUAGUUUUCUUUUUAUUGACAAUUGGGGUCUCUUCUUACUUCUAGUUCUUUACAAUCUACAAGAAUGUAAACCUAAAUUAUUGCCUCUGGUUUUCUUUUUGCUCCUAAAUUGGAUGAGGUUUAAAGUUAAAUUUUCAUCUUGUAAUGAAUCCAAGUGUCAUGAUUGUUGGAUUUAUUACCCUUGAAAAAGAUGAUGUAACUAUGCUUUGAAGAACAUCUUGUUGCAAAUAGAAUGGUUAUGGAUUCUUCCUCUAGGUUUCUUUUGAUAAA